AUCAAAUCUAAAACCAAAAAGCACAUAGAUAAAUUUAAAUAAAUUAACUCGUUUCCGAUUCAUAACGAGAACGAAGCUGCUUCUGAUAAUGAGAGAACAAAAAGCAUAGAUACAUUCAUACACACAACACAUACUAGUAUAUAAAGCACUCUCUCUCUCUCUCUCUCUCUCUCUCUCUCUCUCUCUCUGUUGAUUCAGAUUCCAGAACAAAAGAAAGGUAUGUACAAAGAGAGAGAGAAAGGUGGUGGUGUUGGGUCGAAGACUAGUGCUACAACGACGGAGGUUGAUCGAAAGAGAAUCAACGAUGCUCUCGAUAAGCACCUACACCAACACCGUUCAUCUGCUUCCACUUCCCUAAACCAUCACACGCAUAAGACCUCCAACAAUUCCACCUCUCACCAUCGUAAUGAGGAAUCUGAAACUGAUAGCGAAGAAUCAGAUGUUAGUGGUUCUGAAGGGGAUGACACUUCUUGGAUUUCAUGGUUUUGCAAUUUGAGAGGAAAUGAAUUUUUUUGUGAAGUUGAUGAUGAUUACAUACAAGAUGAUUUCAACCUCUGUGGAUUAAGCAGUCAAGUUCCUUACUAUGAUUAUGCGCUUGAUUUAAUUUUGGAUGUUGAAUCCUCCCAUGAAGACAUGUUGACGGAGGAACAAAAUGAAUUAAUUGAAUCUGCUGCUGAGAUGCUUUAUGGUUUGAUUCAUGCCCGGUACAUUUUGACAAGCAAGGGGUUGGCUACAAUGCUAGAUAAGUACAAGAGCUUCGACUUUGGCAGAUGUCCAAGAGUUUACUGCUGUGGGCAAUCUUGUCUUCCGGUUGGUCAAUCAGACAUUCCUAGGGCAAGCACUGUCAAAAUAUAUUGCCCCAAGUGUGAAGACAUUUACUACCCGCGCUCCAAGUAUCAAGGGUAUAUCAUGAAGGGGAGCCUUGGAGCAACCGUUGGGUUGUCUCCAUGUGACUUCAAGGUCACCGGUACAAGCUGUGGAAUCAGCUACUGAUGCAAUUAUCAAGUUAGGCUGCUUACAUUAUACCCUUUGGGUGCGGCCUUUCCUUGGAUCCCAAGUUAUAUCAUAUUGUCUUCCCCUAAGGUUAAUCGAUAUUAUACACAGAACCCUUUGAUUUGUCUUCCCUACCUAAUAGCAAGUUAGUGUCACGUUUUUCAAACGCAAGAACGCUGAGUGGUAUUGUCUAUGAUAUUGCUGGUAGCUCGCAGCUCAAUGUAAACCUAUUGUGUGUGAAUUCUUCCUAACUAGAUCAGUAUAUCAGUCUGUUAGGUUUUUUCAAUCUUAGCUGAGAAUUUCUUCUCCAUUUUUAUUUUAAUCUUUUGGAGUUUCUUAUUAUUCGAUCUUGAAUAUUUUUUAUAUCUUUAUAUUACUCUACGUUUUGGCAUAUGAUU